UAUUCAAGUGUAGACGGAGAUAUAAAUCAAGAUGAAAUAAUUCUGAUUAACAUCUUAUCGUUAUUAUCCCACCGCUAUGUCCAAUCUGUGUUAGACGAUAUAAAUAGACAGGAACGAUUUUAACGCUCAGUCGUGGUUAAGUGAUUUGAAUAAAAGCUACAAUGGUGCUGUCUAUGGAUCGUUGGAUUGGCAAAGUAGCUGUUGUCACUGGUGCCAGUUCUGGCAUUGGGGCUGCCACUACAGAGGCGUUGGUGGAAAAGGGACUUAAAGUUGUGGGGUUAGCUCGAAGAUUAGAUCGCAUGGAGGCUUUGGCCAAAAAACUUUCCGGCAAAAAAGGCAAACUCUAUCCGGUAAAAACGGAUGUAAGCAAAGAAGAAGACAUUCUAAACGCCUUCAAAUGGGUCAAGGAAAACCUAGGUCCAGUCCACAUCCUCGUCAACAAUGCUGGAAUACUUGGUCAGACAAAUCUUACGGAUGGAGACACUGAAAUUUGGAAAAACGUUUUUAACAUCAACGUUCUCGGUUUGUGCAUAGCUACUAGAGAAGCCGUAAGAGACAUGAGGGCGAACAAAGUAGACGGACACAUAAUCCACAUCAAUAGUAUCGCGGGGCACCAGGUUCCCAAUUUUCCGGGCAUAGGUGUGUAUCCUGCCAGCAAAUACGCUGUGAGAGCAUUAGCGGAAACAUUGCGAUUGGAACUCCUCAAUAUGAAGUCGAAAAUAAAAAUUACGAAUCUCAGUCCAGGUCCGGUGGAUACUGAGAUAAUACCAGAUAAUAUGAAGCAACUGAUUCAAAAGAACGAAGAAAAGCUCAUGAUCGAAGCUGACAAUAUUGCCGAUGCUGUGGUCUAUGCUUUGUCGACGCCUCCCCACGUGCAGGUUCAGGAACUUACAGUGAGGUCUGUGAUCGAGUUUCAGCCUGAAAAUUUAUUACCGAAAAAUGCGUAAUGGAAUCAUUAUUUAGUUGUAAUUAAUUGUUAAAUAAAUGUUCCUUUUAUAGUCUA